ACCAUAAUUAUAUUAUCAGGUGACAAUUUUACCAUGUGACGAUAAUUUUCGUGGUCCUUUAUCAGUGAACGAGUGGACUACAUUUAUAUUUACUGUCAUUGUCAGCAGAUCUAAAUUGGUGGGUUCCAGAAUUUUGCACUGUAUAUUCAUUGGGCUGUCGAAAGUUAUCCAGUGUCACACCUGACCAUGAAAGCACUACUGAUUUCUUCUUUCCUUGCCUGCAUCCUGAUCGCAUCAGCACAACGGCCGAUUCCUUGCUGUGCUCCUGAUCAAUUUGCGUUUCAUUAUGAGCAAGUUCUAUCAUCACAAGUUGGAGACAACCCAAUGGCCAUCAUAGAGGAGUCGUUAGAUGCUGCCUAUGAUUUUAUCCAGGCGUUGGUAGGCAUGGAAGCUGCCAUCCAUCCCGUGGGUGAGCCCGAAACCAAACUCAAGAUUAUACAGAACUUUACUGCAGGUUAUCAGUGGACCGUAAAUGGAGAGAAAUGUACCAAGCAAUCUUUGCAAGGUGUUAUCCCACCCUCGAGAUGCGUACCAGAUGAUGCAACGUUUGAGGGAACAUUUGCUGUCGGACUAGAGAAGUUAAAGGUACACACAUGGCUCAUUGGUUCCUCUCCGGGUGUCAUCAAGGGCAUGCAGCGUUACACCGUGACUGACUACAUGUGUACACCAUUCAGUAGCUCCUUCAUUGGGACUGAUUCAACCACAGAGCCACCAGCCACAUUCGUCAAUGCUGGAAACUACAUGAAUUUUACAAACAAGAUAACAGAUCCAGAUAGAUGGUUCAAGCUACCAUCAUCAUGUAACAGCACUGCACCAGAAGUGUCUAUAGAUGAGAGGCUGAGCAAAUUUGCUACUACACGUCCUGUUCGGUUCUUCUAAUAAGUGAAAGCUUCACAGGUAAACUUUAGCUUGUGUGAAAGCAGAAGAGAUAAGAUCAAUAAAAGCUAUAAGAAAGUUGUAUAAAGCAUUUGAAUGUUGAGAUCACUAUUUUUUUUUGCCCAUGCCAGUGAGUGUGACAAACAAUUCAUCUAUUACUUGUCAUCUCACCUGAACUUACGAUAGACUAGAAAAAAAGAGAGAAUUAUUUAAGCGAAAUAUGUACUCAAGUAAUGGUGCAGUUUUACGUUUGCGACAUCACAGAUUAUGAUUGCAUUGCCACUGGGAUGCUCUACAUAGCAUUAAUGAUCUCAACAUUAAAAUGCUCAUAAAUUUAUCUUUCAUUCAAUUUUCCUCAAACUUUAAUGAAAACUGAAAUUAAAAAGAAAAAUGAAAAUUUUUAUUUCAUUUUAUUGUUUGAAUCUGAAAUAGAAAUACUGCAAAAAUUACCAACUGAGCCAACACACUGGUUGAUCUGUUUCUUUGAUUGUUUUCUCUGUUAUAUGAUUUUAACUGCUUUGGAGGGUUGUAUCCUCUUUCAGUUCUUAUGUAUUUUUGUAAUGAAAAUCUGAGAACAAGUCAGUUUGUGUGAAAACAAAAAAAAAUAUCAAACAAACAAAUCAGUGAAAGUUUGAGAAAAAUUGAUCAAAUAAUAAGAAAAUUAGGAGUGAUUGAAAGUUGAGGUACAUGUAAUUAAUGAGAACCAAAAAUCAAACACAAUGAUUUCCAACCAAUCAAAGUGCAUAUAAGGGAAUUGUGCUUGAUUUUUUAAAUUUAGUUGUGUUUACAAAAGCAGAUCUUUCUGCAACGGGCCAAAGAAACGGGUGCAGAAUUUCAUGAAUGGACUUGCCGUACGAUACCAUAGAAAUGGUGCUUCUCAGCCAAUCAAAAUCAAGGAAAGUUUUCAGAUCUGACAACUUAUAG